GUCUGUUCCCCUCGUUGCUGCUUCUGUCGUUACAGCGCACGUUAGCAAGAUGAGCGGAUCAAACGUCAAAAAGGGACCUUCCUCCGGUGUGAUGGAGUGGAUCAGUUCAGCUUGUCGGUUUGCAACAGACAGAAACGACUUCAGAAGGAAUCUUCUGGUCAACCUGGGCUUGUUUGCAGCUGGUGUUUGGGUUGCAAGAAAUCUCUCAGAUUUUGACCUGAUGUCUCCUCAGCCUGUGACAUAACCUGGUCAAAACCAGGAUGAUGCUGUCUUGGACCAACAAAGAAGAAACAAGGGACAUGACUAAAUGCUCAUGAAACUUUUGUGACUUGUUACUUUAAAACAAAUCAUCCUGUUGGCCUCAAUUAGCUUCAUUUGUCUCUAAACUUGUUUCAUGUCAUUGUACAGUAGGUGGCCUGAAGAGAAAGAAUUACAUUGAAUCAGU